UUCGCUUCUCGAUGUUAACCCAAAUCCUCAAAUUUUAUAACGCCAAAACUCUCUCUCUCUCUCUCUCUCACACACACAUACAUAUUUUACAUUUUACAUACACAACACAAAACAAACGCAUUAUAUACAACACUCUCUUUACAUUCUCUCUCUCCUCGCCUGCUCUCUUUCUCUCUCCUCAUGACAUCGCUUUUCUAUGGCUUCUUUUCCACUCUCUCUUCUCCCAACAAUGUCUAACAGCUGAACGCUCAAAAGGGUUUUCUUUGUUUUCGUUUUUUGUUGCGUAUUUUUACGUUUUUUUUGCUUCAGCCAUGGAAGCGAAUCUUAAAGGUUUGGUUCUUGACCCUGCAAAAUGUAGUGGUCUUCCCUUGGAAGAGAAGAGGGAGCUAGUUCGGGAAAUUGCUCAGUGGUCGGAAGAUGCUCCAGACAUUCUUAGUUCAUUUAGCCGCAAAGAGUUGUUGGAAAUUAUCUGUGCUGAAAUGGGUAAAGAGAGAAAGUACAGUGGAUUUACUAAACUUAGAAUGAUAGAGCACCUUCUAAAGCUAAUUUCUAAAAACUCAAAGAGGAAGAGUAGUGAUAAUGAUUUUGAGUUUUCUAUAGCCAAAAGCCAAAAUGGAGCUAAGAAGCAGAGAAAGAUUGAAAGCCCUAUUCAACUGUACACUGACCAGGAUUGUGAACAAGGGGUAAGCAGGAGCGAGAUUGAAGUUAAAACCUUAUUGUGUCCAAAUCUAGCAUGCAGAGCUACUCUAAGCCCAGAUGAUGGUUUUUGCAAGAGGUGUUCUUGUUGUGUCUGCCAUCACUAUGAUGAUAAUAAGGAUCCAAGUCUUUGGUUGACCUGUGACUCUGAUCCUCCGAACGAGGGCGACUCAUGUGGAAUGUCUUGUCAUAUAAAAUGUGCACUCAAGCAUGAUAGAACUGGCAUAAUGAAGAACUGUAAGCGUGGAAAAUUGGAUGGGAGAUUCCACUGUGUUUCUUGUGGAAAAAUCAAUGACCUUAUGAGUACGUGGAGAAAGCAGUUACUGGUUGCCAAGGAGGCUAGACGUGUCGAUGUGCUAUGUUUGCGAAUCUCCCUGUGUCACAAGAUUCUUGAUGGAACUGAGCGUUAUAAGGAUCUACAUAAGCGUGUAGAUACUGCUGCAAAGAAACUUAAGAAGGAACUUGGGCCUCUUGAUCGUGUUUGUGAAAAAAUGGGCCGGGGAAUAGUUAACAGGCUUGCUUGUGGAGCUGAGGUCCAGAAGCUGUGUGCCUCUGCUGUAGAUGCUUUUGAGGCUUUAUCUACCCCCCAUCCAUAUACAUGCACUGUGAAUCAGAAAAAGUCUCUGACAUGCCAAAUAUGCUUCGAAGAAUCUUUUCCAACAUCAGUAGUCAUUGUACUAGACUAUGAUGAUCGGCUUUUAGAGGAGUUCUUGGGUUGUCGGAUUUGGCACCGAAAGUCUACUUUGAAGGCUUACCCAGAAAAGCCUUCUUGCAUUGUUCUGAGGCCAGAGAAGAAAUUUAAGAUCUGUGAUCUUCAACCAUGUACAGAAUAUGUCUGCAGGGUUUCUCUAUUUAGUUGCACAAGCGUUUUUGGGACUUGGGAAGCAAAAUGGGUCACUCCUCCAUUGAUUACAAUGUGUGCUUUAGUUUCCGAUGAGCAGGAUGGUAUAAUCGAUGAAAAUCCUAGGAUGUUUUUCCAAGCCCUUUCUGAUUGUGACAAAUCAGCCACAAUUGAUCAUACUGCAAAGCUUAGAUCACUAAAUGAUAUCACCGACACCCAUAUAGUGAGCUCGGGAUCAAUCCCCAUCACCCCGGCCAAGAUAGACACAAGGCAAGAAUUUGUUGGCCUGAGUAACAAGAUGCAUGAAGCACUGAAUAGCAAUUAUGAAUAUUGUGUUAGGGUGAUCAAGAGUUUGGAGCGCGAUAGACACCUGAGCAUAGAUUUCAGAGUGAAGUUUCUCACUUGGUUUAGCUUGAAAGCCACGAUGCAGGAGAGAAGGAUAGUUAGUGCGUUUGUGGAUACUAUGGUAGAUGAUCCUCCGAGCUUGGCCGAGCAGCUAAUUGACGCCUUUGCUGAUGCAAUUUGCAGUGAGAGAACCACUUCCUCAGCACACAUUAUGCCUUAAAAAUAACAACAAUCUUUCUUUAUUCUUCUCAAUUUAACCAAAUAUAGUUCAUCUUAGGCUCUUUUAGGCUGGAGGAUGAUUGUUAGUAUCUUUGCUUUUGUUUAGAAUCUAAAUGGUAUUGGUAUAUUAGCAGGUUUUAGAUUCUGUUAUUAAGUUAUGAUCUGACGUCCCCAACAAAGGCUUACUUGCAUCAAAUGAGAAAUGGUUAACACGCCAUUUAUAGUGUAUAGUUUGGACUUUGGAUGAGUGCAUUAAUUCUUUUUUUCAUA